UCUUUGAUUCACUGGGUACAUGAUGAUUUGUUAGCCCUGGCGUCUCCUCUGAUGCCUGAGGACUCGGGAUCUAAUGGAGGGAAGACACCCAUCGCGGCACCACCACCUACCUUUGCAUCAGCAUUACAGAAGGGUAGCACUACCAUGACCAAAGACAUCCCAGAAACAUCAUCAAGUUACUGUCCUCCAACAAACCCAGUCAUUCUACACAAAGAUCAUGGGGYACAAAGUCCAUCAGGUGGAGGUUCACCUACCACACGACCUGCUACAGUUGCAAGUCCAAGAAAGUCUUCCUCAGCUUUCCUCGCCAGAGAUCCAAAAACUGGCAAAGCUCUACAGCAGCAUAACACAUAUGCCAUUAGUGUGUGGAGGAAAGUAAAAGCAAAACUCGAUGGUAGGGAUGCGGAUCAAGCAAAGAGAAUGUCUGUAACGGACCAGUGUCUUAUGCCAUGCUACGUUAUUAUUAUUAGUCAUGUUAGAGGAGAUCUAGUAUGGGUGCGGUGUGCCUCAUCGAGACCACAUAACAUCCGUGCAUUCUGA